CGUUGCGUCAAGUGUGCUGACGUCAGUUCCUAUUGAGCAUCCAAGAACUGCUUCGGGAGACCCACUGGGUUGUAAGUUGUGGUCCUCAGGUCGGUUUGUUGAUAAAAGAAGAGCUGAAGAAGUUACAUGUGGGGGUACCGGUAUGCAUACCAAUACCAGUAGCAUCAGCCGAAACGGAGCAUUCAAGCCUACGAUUUAUAAAAAGCAAAGAUGAUGAUGGGAUCCACUAUGUUGCAGGUGAGCCUUUGGCUUAACAGCAUCAUUGUGUUUCCGCUUUCGUACUUCCUGUUGGUGGCCAAACCCAAGCGAAUGGACAUGGUCAUGGGUCCAGAUACGCAAGCACGAAGAAUUCUUGCAUCCAUCUACCUUUCCAUUGGCAUUGUAAGCGCCAAGGCAACGACUCUGCCGACGGAACAGGCUGUCCAACUAGCUGUGCCUUUGUUUGGAAUGCAGAUUGUCUACAAAAGCAUAACGGCGUUUUCUUGUCUCAAGUGGAAUCAACCCAUCUAUGCAAAUCAAUUUGUCACAGCAGUACACUUGUGUACACUGUAUUGCUUGAAACAGGAUGGAUUGACGGAGGUUUCACUGCUGUAGAUUCGGCCUUGAGGAUCGAGAGGGCAUGCCUUUUUUGAGUCAACCAACCAAAUGUGACGGUAUCAAGACAGUGUAUAAUGUAUAGAUCGCACAGAAUAAACAUAGAGUCAAUACUCGAGUACUUUUCAAAUGGCA